AUGGGAUUUUGUAUCAAUAGGAAAUGUCCAGAUUUGAGGCCUUAUUGUAAUUUUUGCUUACCUUGUCAUAGUAAACAUCUUAAUAAGUUAACAUCUUUGGAACUUUUAUGUGGAUGGAUAUAGCAGAGGGUACUAAUUAUUCAAGAUGUUGAAAAGUGUGUUUAAGAUUGUAANGUACCUGAAAAUGCAAGCUAAGCACAAAUAAAGUCAAACUAUCUCAAGAUUGUGAAGAUCUAUCACCCUGAUACAAAUUCCCAAUAAUCCAAAAAUUAAGUUAUUUUUCACUACUACAUUAGGAAUAUUUCAAAGAAGUUACAGCGGCAUACACUAUAUUAUCUAAUGAAUCUGAAAGACGCAUGUAUGAUUAAAAGAUAAAAAAUUCAAAUUAGAGAGAAAAUAAUAAUUAUCAAUAGAAUUAGGAGGAAUAUAAUGAGAAAGAACAUAAUAAAUAGAAUUAAGAGCAUAAUUAUUCUAAACAAAAUUAUUAGAAAAAUAAUUCUUAAGAGCAAAACGAACAAACACAAACCUACAUUUCCCUUGUUGUUUUCUUUUUCUUCGCUUGGUUAAGUUAGUAAAAUAAAUAAAAAUAAGAAUAAAAUAAAGCUACAAAUUUAAUUCCCAAUAAAUACAACCCUGUUUAAACUGUUAGCUAAGAAAAAAAAGAGUUAUCUGAAUAAGAUUGCAAGUAUUAUCUAAAUUUAUUGUUAGAGAUUUGCCUUUAGACAUCAUCAAAUACAAAUCAAGAAAAGGUGAUUAUAUCAUGGGGUAGUUAUGUUAUGAUAGAUUAAUAUUUGAUGAGCAGAAAGUAUUAAAAAAGAAAAAGGAGUUAGAUGAUGAAUUCUAGUAAAUUGGAGUAAAUAAUAUCAAUUCAUAAAUAUCAUAAUAGUCUGAAAUAAUAUUAGUGGAUUAAGUGUAACCACAAUAAGUAUAGACUGAAACAGAAAAGAAAGAAAUAUUAUUAUAAAAUUUAGAAAUUAAAGAAUAGUUUGCAGAAAUAACAGAAAAUGAAGAGAAUAAAUAAGUUGAAUAACAAAAAAUUAAUUAAAUUUCUGAUGAUUAAAUUCACAAAGAUAUAAAUAUAGAUUAAUUUGAAAAUAAUAUUGAAUAACCUGUUUUUGAACAAAAUCAUCAAGAAGAAUAAUUUCAACAAUAACCAUAAGAGUAGAGUUAAUAAGAAAAUUGA